AUGAGCAUCCUUGAAGGCUUUCUCACGAAGGAGGGAGGUUCCAUCAAGACGUGGAAGCGGAGGUGGUGCGUUCUCAAGGACGACAACACCCUGUACUACUACACCAAGAGGGGGACAUCAUCAACAAAACAGAAUGGCGAGCUGAAGGGCCAGGUGCAGCUCAAGGACGUGGGCUCCGUCAAGCCCAUCAUCCUCAAGAAGAAGAUCGCCUUCUGCUUCGAGGUCCAGACUCCGCACAGGAACUACCACUUGGCCGCCGACAGCAAAGAACAAAUGAAGGAUUGGCUUGACGCCCUGCUUGCCGCUUCUGGCCACAACAACUCUGCCAAGCCGGCCGAGGCUGAGCCUCAGGUGGUCGAAGCCGCAGUUGAGGCCGCCCCGGCCGCUGAGCUGGACCCCAGCAAGGUGAAGGUGAACGACUUUGACCUGAUCUCGGUCAUCGGCCGCGGCUCCUACGGCAAGGUGCUGAAGGUGAAGCACAGGAGCUCCAACAAGGUGUACGCCAUGAAGGUGCUGAACAAGAAGGUCAUUCUCGACAAGAACGAGCUCGAGCACACCAAGAACGAGCGGUCCAUCCUCGUCAAGCUCCGCUCGCCCUUCCUCGUGCAGCUCCACUUUGCCUUCCAGACCGCCGACAGGCUGUACUUCGUGAUGGACUACAUCAACGGUGGCGAGCUGUUCCACCACCUCCAGAAGGACAAGAAGUUCAACGACGAGCGGGUCAAGUUCUACGCCGCCGAAAUCGUGCUCGGUCUCGAGUACCUCCACAAGGAGGGCAUCAUCUACCGCGACCUCAAGCCCGAGAACCUGCUCCUGACCAACGACGGCCACAUCUGCAUGACCGACUUUGGCAUCUCCAAGGAGGGCCUGGCCUGCAAGGAGUCCCGAACCAGCACCUUCUGCGGCACCCCCGAGUACUUGGCGCCCGAGGUGUUGCGCGGCGUGAAGUACGGCAAGGAGAUCGAUUGGUGGAGCUUCGGCACCCUCAUCUACGAGAUGAUGACCGGUCUGCCGCCGUUCUACUGCGAGGACGUGCAGCUCAUGUACGACAAGAUCAUGACCGAGAAGCUCAACCCCAAGAAGAUCGACGAAGUCGCCAUCAACCUCCUCCAGCAAUUGCUGGAGCGUGACCCGGUCAAGAGGAUGGCGGACCCGGAGAAGGUCAAGUCCCACCCGUACUUCAUCAACAUCGACUGGGACAAGUUGGCCAAGAAGGAGGUGCCCCCGCCCUACAUUCCCCCGGUGGCGGGCGACCUCGAGGCCGACAGCAUGAUCGACCCCGACUUCCUGAACCAGCCGAUCAACACCCCGACCCAGACCGGCGCCCUGGCCGAGGCGCCCAUGCCCACCAACCCCAACCUCGAGGGCUUCACCUACGUGAGCGAGGGCGCCCUCGCCGCGGCCCACAACAGGAACUAA